AUGCAAAUUUUCUCCCUCUUUUCGAUGACAAUGUCGAAAGAACGGAAAAGCUACUCUACGGAUCCAUUGUCAGAUGUAGCAAAAGCAGAAAUUUUAAGUGAUAAAACACGUAAAUUACUGUGUGGUAAUACUACACGUAAGAUCAUUGAAAUGUUAUCAACACAAAUUGAACGUUGUGACAUUAAAUUAUGUAUUGAAUUAUAUAAUUUAUUCAAUGUUCGAAUAAUUAAUCGAAGUUCGCUUAUUCAAUUUUAUCAUCUUUUACAACAAUUAUCUGAUAAAGUUGGACGACGAAGUAGUGGAUUUGCAAUUCAACAUACGUUAAAAAAGCCACUUAUUACACAAGUAGAAUGUUUACUAGAAGCUAUAGAAAAGCUUGAAAGAACAGCAUUUGCAAUUGAAUUAAAUGAUUCAAUUCGUUUUGAUGAAUAUUCAUCAGCCGGACAUCUCAUUCCACUAGAAUAUGCUUUGAAUGAAAGCUCCAGAAUAUUUUUGGAAAAUAUUGAAUCAAAUGAAAUUGAUAGUUCAGUUUCACUGAUAUGGAUUGGACUAUUUUUUACAUCCAUAGCUAAAAGUAUGCUUAGUAGGGUUUAUGUACGUAUUAUAAACCCUAAUUUGAAAAAUCUUCAAGAAAUAAAUAAUGAAGAAUUCACAAAUUGUGUUUUAGAAAAAGAUGAUGGACUUGAUCUUAAAUUUUGUAUUGAUACAGCAUCAUUUGAAUCGACAAUUGCAUUAAGCAUUACAAAUUUUAAUAAAUCAAAGAAAGAAGCCAAUCAAGUUUCAACAAAUCUUUCAAAAAUAUUUUCAUUUCUUUCUGAAAUUGAUAAAUUCUUUGUGAAGUGA